CGGCCAGUCGCGAGCGCGAGUUCAGUCAGGUUGGAAGUGUCGCUCGACCGUCGUCGUCGCCGUCGUUGUCGUCGUCGCCGCCGGUCGCGUCGCUCCGGUCUUCUCGCUUCUCUCUCCGUCUCGAUACGUCAAAACGCGCCCCGCCACGCCGCGCUCCGUCGUCGAGGUGCCGUUGCCGUCGUCGUCGUCGUCGUCGUCGUCGUCGUCGUCGUCGUCGUCAUCGUCGUCGUCGUCGUCGUCGUCGUCGUCGUCGUCGUCGUCGUCGUCGUCGUGGUAGCCGUCGCCUCGUGAUUCAGUGUACCCGCGGAUGUGUAUUGUGUGACCCGUUGCAACCACCUGAUAAAGUGUCGCCGGACUCGCGGAAUUAGUUCCGACCACGGGGGAGGAAGCGAGUGCAGCCGAGGUACGCCCCACCACUACCGCUGCCACCGUCGUCGUCGUCGUCGUCGUCGUCGUCGCCGCCGCCGCCGUCGUUGCUUCAACCCCUCAGCAGCCCGACGUCGAUUCUCCCCGUUUGUGAUGCUGCGGUCGGCGGAUCACCUUCUUCUGCAUCCGAGCGGCGAGAUCGCGCUCCGAUUAUGAUGUGAGCUAGUGAAGGUGGGAUCCUCAGGAACCGCGAGGUCCUCGCAAUGGAGGCGGGACCAAAGCAACAGCAGCAGCAGCAGCAGCAGCAGCAGCAGCAGCAGCAGCAGCAGUCGCCACAACAGCAACCGCCUCAGCAGCAACAGCAGCAGCAGCAGACUCCGCAGCAGUCUCCUCAGCAACAACAGCAGCAGCAGCAGCAACAGCAGCAACAGCAGAACUCUCCUAGUGCUGGCGGUACGGUGCAGCCUCAGGGCCAGGUCGUUGUACCUCAGGGUGGCGGCGCGACGCAGGGUCAAGGUCAGCAGACGCAGGAUGCGCUCACGGCGGCGGAGAAUACCCCCGUCGACGAGGGUGUGCUGCUCGCCAGAGUCCACGUGCCCGAGCUCUACGUCAGCAAGUGUCUACAGUUUCCCAAGGAUCAGCUGGUCUGGGACGUGAAGCAGCAAUGCCUGGCAUCCUUGCCCAAGGUGGCCACUUGGUACAGGGAGCUGAAAGAGAGCUUCAAUUACGGCCUCUUCUGCCCGCCGGUGAAUGGAAAAGCCGGGAAAUUCCUGGACGAGGAGCGCCGCCUCGGCGAUUACCCCUUCAAUGGACCUGUCGGCUACCUGGAGCUCAAAUACAAAAGGCGGGUGUACAAGAUGCUGCAUUUGGAUGAGAAGCAGCUCAAGGCUAUGCACACCAGGACGAAUUUGCGAAGGUUACUGGAUUACGUGGCGAGCAGUCAGGUCGAGAAGAUCGCGAAGAUGUGCAGCAAGGGCUUGGAUCCUAAUUUCCAUUGUCAGGAGACGGGAGAGACGCCGUUGACCUUGGCGACGACCUUAAAAAAGCCGUCCAAGGUCAUAAUUGCGUUGGUCAACGGCGGCGCUUUGCUGGACUAUCGAACGAAGGAGGGUCUAACGGCGAUGCACCGCGCCGUUGAAAGAAACAGCUUGGAGGCGGUGAAAACGCUCCUGGAGCUGGGCGCCAGUCCGAAUUACAAGGACACGAAGGGUUUGACGCCGCUCUACUACAGCGUCAUUUACAAGACCGAUCCGAUGCUCUGCGAAACGUUGCUUCAUGAUCACGCGACGAUAGGAGCGCAAGAUCUCCAGGGCUGGCAGGAAGUUCAUCAGGCAUGUCGCAACAACUUAGUGCAGCAUCUGGACCACCUGCUUUUCUACGGCGCUGACAUGAACGCGCGCAACGCGUCCGGUAACACGCCGUUGCACGUGUGCGCGGUGAAUAACACGGACGCCUCGUGCAUACGUCAGCUACUCUUCAGGGGCGCGCAGAAGGACAGCUUGAACUACGCGAACCAAACGCCGUACCAAGUCGCCGUGAUAGCCGGCAACAUGGAGCUCGCCGAAGUCAUCAAGAACUAUCAGCCGGAGGAAGUCGUACCGUUUAAAGGGCCGCCACGCUACAACCCGAAGCGGCGCUCGGUGGCCUUCGCCGGCACCUCGAUGAUGACGACGAGCUGCUCGGCGAGUAAUCUGGGCACCCUCACCAGGAUACCGUCCACUGAACAGCACGCCGCGGCGUCAAACGCCGCCGGCGCCGUCGCUGCUGGUACCCUGACCAGAACCGUCUCGGUGGAACAGUACGCGAGUAUCACGAGAGUACCGUCCGCCGAGCAAUACGCCACCGCGGCGAAUCUGACCCGAGUUCCGUCCACGGAGCAACCGUACCCUCCACCACCUCCGUCGUCUACCAGCGGCGGCACGCUCGUCCGGGUCGCGUCCGAAGAGAACUACACGCAGCACGGUGUGCUGAGUAGAGCCUCCUCCGGCGAGCGAUAUGACCCGGCCGCCACCCUGACCAGAGUACCGUCCUCCUCCGAGCAGUACCCGAUCAGUACCCUGACCAGAGUACCGUCCACGGAGCAGUACCCGGCCGUCGCGGCGAGCCUCAGCAGAGUACCGUCCACGGAACAAUAUCCCUCCAGUGGUAGCGUCGCGAUCGUCGCAAACGUCGAGUCGGCCACCGCGAGCCAUCACCAUGGAAGCCUCGGCAGAGUACCGUCCGUAGAGUCGAGCAGUCGAAACGACUUACCGAGAAUACCGUCCGAACAGAACGGCCACCGACUGACGUCGGAAUACCAGAGCCCGAACUCCCUGAGAGAUCCUAACGCGAGAUUACCGGCAGCCGCGGAGAAUUAUCAGAACUUAAGAAUGGAGGGUCUGACGAGGCUGCAAGAGCAUCGGCUCGAGUUGCAACAUCGCCUCGAUAUGCACAGAACGAUGGAGAUGCCACCGUCGCCGUCGCCGAGCAGCAGAAGUUUAGCACCUUUCAGCUCGGCCAGCUCGAGCUUGUCCGAAGGCAGCAAUCAACCGUCCGGCGAGGACUCGGCCAGCAUCGUCACAGACAAGAGCCUCGGCGACACGGCGUCCGACGUGAUCAGCGACAGUUCCGGAGUGGGAACUUCGCAGUCCGACACGACCAAUUCGUUAUCCAUUCCUGGUACGACGGUAGUCUGUGUCGAAAGCUACAACAGCGGUAUCACCGGGCAUCUGACUAUCAAUCAAGGCGACAUUCUCGAAGUCACCGGUGCUACCGACUGCGGCCUCCUGGAAGGGGUUCUGCGCGGCCAGGGCACUGGCCUCUUUCCUGCGCAUUGCGUUCAGGAGGUUAGACUGCGUCACACGAAUAUACCGCUCGGCCCGCCGCAGCCCGCCAGGGACGGACGGAAUAGAGUUUUGGGCCGCAGGGAAUCGCAGCACAAGUACUUCGCUACCGCGCCCAGAUUAAAGAAGCCCGUCACGUCGGAACCCCGUACAGUUGUUCUUCAUCGCUCGAGAAAAGGUUUCGGUUUCGUGUUGCGUGGUGCUAAGGCCACUUCACCACUCAUGGAACUGACGCCGUCCGCUAGAUACCCGGCGUUGCAGUAUCUAGAUGACGUCGAUCAAGGAGGUGUGGCGGAUCUAGCGGGUCUCCGGAAAGGAGAUUUUCUUAUUCAAAUCAACGGCGAGGACGUGACAACGGCCUCCCACGAACGCGUGGUCGAUUUGAUCAGGAAGUCGGGAGAGUUGGUGCGAAUGACCGUGGUUUCGCCGGUGAUCAGUCUUCCGAACUCCCAGUCGGCGGCCGCGUUGCCAACUAGUCAACCCAUCCAGAGACAGUAUGCAACUUUACCACGCAAGGGUAAUAACAGCGUGGUGAUCGGUGGUACGCUUGGCAGAUCUCCAGCUCCCGUACCACCGCGAAGGGACCCGAAGACCACGUUAAGCGUGGGUCGCGCGAGAGCGCGAUCGAUGGUCGCGGGAUUAGAAGGGGGCGGCGAGAGAGACGAUCGCGACGAGAUUGCGUCGACGGGCGCGAAGUCGAGCAGCGCAGAGUCGAUCCACCUACCGCAACAGCCAUCAACCGGACCAAAUACUGGUCAAAAUACACCGGUACAACCGCGAACGGCCAGUAUCCGAUCUAGGCCGACCUCCAGCAGGAUCACUGCCGCAGAACUCGAAGAACUGUUUCAGCGGCAGCAGGGUAGCGCCGGCAAUCAGUACAGCUCGUCCAUGAUGAGCUCUCACUUUCAGACCGGUCAGUCUACCAAGUCGCAUCCGUCGUCGCCCGCCAAGACCGGCAGGGUGUACGCGAGCGUGGCGGAGAUGAAGCGCAAGGGCAAAUCGCACUCGAGAGUACGCUUCUUCGGUGGCUUGGGCGGCGGUUCCGACCUUCAUAGAGACUUCCACAGCACGCCUGAUCUUAAUGUGCAAGUGCAAUCGUCGUCCCUCCUAGCUCCUAAGGGACACAGAAGCCAGGAGGACGUGAAUGCUUUAAACGGUAGAAACGGGCUUCCACCGCCGAAUCAUCCGCCACCACCUCCACCGGUCGGUCAAGUCGUCAAGGUGAAUGUCGGUGCCAACGUGCCAGACGUUGUUACACCGGCUUCCGUUUACGAUAAUAUGGCACACAUUCAGCAAGUUAAAGAACUAGCGGCUGCCACGGUCGAGGGUGUUUACGGCGUGAUGUCGAGUUUCCGACCGUCGAACAGUGCGAAGCUGUACGCCUCACCGGAGGACAUGAAGACCGUCGGAUACCGUUCACGCAGUCUACCGGCGACUCGCUCGCACAUUAGGAAGUCCCACAGCCUCCGUGCGCCCAAUACGACGUUCAAGCCGCCCGGCAGUCAACAGGCGUUGAACAACAACGUGGUGGCUAACAGUUGUGCCAACGGGAACACCAACAAUUCAACGAACAAUCAAUACGCGCAGCCGCUGAAGACCAACAGAAGUCACAGCACGGUCGGUAUUCGCGAGCGCAAGAAGAAGAGCGUGAGCGCUAGCUCGUCCGUGACGAAUCUCUCGUCGAUCGCGUCGCCCGGCGCCAACGGCGGACCCGCGCCGCCUACUUCGGCGCCGCCGAUCCCUGAGCCGGAUUACAGCUUGUCCGAGUCGGAAAAUGACGACGACGAGGGCGAGGACGAGACGGACGAGGACGGUGAGUCAGAAAUCGCGAAGGAGCUGGAGAAGGCGGCGGCACGGGAGAAACUGGAAGCGACGCGGGAGACAUCGGGCAACUCCAACACGUCCGGCUCGAGCUCGUCGGGUAGUGGCUCGUUGCCGCAUUCGUUCAGCGUCGAGGAGAUUCAAAAGGUGCGCACGCAGCUUAAGUCCUCCAAGAGUCAUCCGAACGACUUUCUGCUGCAACAGACGCAACAGUCUCUCGCCGAGGAUGGCGACAAUAGCUCGAGCGGCGUCAGUUCCGACCAGGAUGUACCGGUGGGUCCGCCCAUGGGUUUCGACGAUACCGCCAAUCUACGAAAUCUCGCCAAUGAGAGCAAUCAGCAUCCGGGCGCGACCCUGAUGGCUGCCGGCCCAAUGGAGAAAGAGGGCAGUAAUCCCAAGAUUCGACCAGGUUACGGCGGCAGCGGUCUGUUGACUAGGCACGCGGUCAGUCUGGCCCAGCUGCCGCCGCCGAUCGAGGCCGAUGCCGAGGAACAGAACAACGAUUUGUUCGUGCCACCACCGCCAGAAUUCAACGCCGGUCCGUCCGCCAGCGGUCAAGAUGAAGUGGUGUUUGCACCGCCGCCACAAUUCUGCGAUAACCGGCAACAGCAGCAGCAGCAGCAGCAGCAGCACCAACAACAACAACAACAACAACAACAACAGCCGCAGCAGCAGCAGCAGCAGCAGCAACAACUGCAGCAGCAGCAGCAGCAACAGCAACAACUGCAGCAGCAGCAACAGCAGCAGCAGCAGCAGCAGCAACAGACUCCGCAGAACCGCGUAAAGAUAAUCGGCGCGAUACCCAAAGUCGUCGGGAACCAAGUGAAAGCGUCGUCGGGUGGCGGACGGUUGCAGUAAAUGAAGGAGAAAACGGGCGCUGAUUUACACAACGCAUGCGGAUUCACUCGUGUCUCCUCGACGAGGAGAGGAGUCGCGAGUUUACAACAUGUAAACGGUAGAUCGCGAUUUCAGAGUCAAUAUAUUUAGAGGCUUCCCGCCUUCGGUAGUGAUUGCCGUGCGCAUCGAGCUCUUGAACUGUUGCCAACGGUCGAUUCAGUGCGAACGAAGUCGGCGUUCCGCCACGAUACGCGGACACGCUGCCGUAUUUAAAAGAUAAAACGCGGUCACUUUUGGACAACCUCUCGCCGAGUAAGUCAUAUUAUAAUCUUCGAGCGUGUAGAAACCGUAGCCGAGCAAUGGAGGAGAUAUAUAUUCGAGCGCGUUUUUAUUAUCGUAAGUCCACGAGUGUGAACGUAUGUCCGAUUCGCGUUUGCACCGCAGUAGAGGGUUGUUUGUAGCGCACGAGCGCACCACGAUCGACCGAUCGAUUAAUCCUAAGUCGUCCAUCACUUCCUCCUCCCUGCGAGUCGUCGACAGAUCCGCAAGCUGAUUCGCUGCGUCGUCAAGAGCGGCCUAAGGGCAAGAGAAAAUAAGUAAGAGAAGAGGAAAGCGGCGAGCAAAAAUCAAUUGUCAUUAUUAUCCGAGUCAGGAGACGAAGAACGAAGUAGAAAGGGGGAGAGCGAGAGAGAGAGAGAGAGAGAGAGAGAGGGGAGAGGGGAGAGAAAGAAAAAAAAUGUCCGAUGCGUGCGUGAGUCGCGACGUGUGAAUGUGCGAUGCAUAUCGGUUGGUUUUUCCACAUUUCUAUCGAACUAGGAGGUGUGUUUAAUACUUUUACACGACGACGUCACUCUGCGUCACUUUGCGCACGAGUCCCAAUAGUUGAAACCGUCGAGUAUUGCAGUUACGCACGGUCGCCUUUAAACC